AUGCUUCCAGCCGUUCGAGAGAGAUUGGACUUUCUGGGAGAAGAGUAUGACGCCUGCCCGGAAAGACUUGUGGCUGAGAACAGCCGUUUGCAACACUUGUUGAAGCAGAGUGAGCCACCCGGCAGCAUUUGCUCCCCCGACCCGUUCCCGGUGAUGAUGUGCGAUGUGUCUCCCUAUGGGACAUCUGAGGUUUCCGACCUGCUGAAUAAGAUCGCACCAUCGCAGAACAGUGUGGAUUUAGGCCCCAAAGAGGCGAAACGGCCUGAGUUCAUUCCUUCAAAGAUUUCAAAGGAUGUGGUCACCUGCGAAGAAGUAGGGCCUGCUACGGUGGAUAGCUUUGUUGGGACAGAUGGAAAUGGCAAAGCGGUGCUUCAGACCUUUGGAAUUACCCCAGCUCCGGGUGGCUCAGAACAAGCUCCAUCGGCUCCAUCCAAAGAUCCAAGUCGAGCAGGGGAUGAUCCAGAAGAAUCAGUCACACAGCAGAUUGCCGUCAUCAUUUCGAUCAAUGCUGUGGUGGUUGGCCUCAGCGCUGAUAUCUGCCCAGACCACACCGUUUGGGUGAUCUUGGAGAUUUUUUUCACUGCCUUUUUCACCCUGGAGGUGAUCGUGAAGAUGAAAGUCUUCAGCAUCAGAGAAUUUCUGUGUGGUCCGGAUUGGUAUUGGUCAUGGUUUGAUUUGUUUUGUGUUGGCCUGGCAUACCUGGAAAUGUGUAUGAGUCUGCCGUCGUCUGGCUUGGGCACCACAGACUGUCGCGCUGGGGAGUCGGAGGGAGGUGCUGGAUUUGGCGCUUUGAAGAUGUUAAAGUUGGCUCGCUUGGGAAGAAUUGUACGAUUGCUGAAGUUCAAAAUCUUCGUAGAGCUCAAGCUCAUGAUACAAGGCGUUUUCACAGGACUACGAGUCCUGUUCUGGGCAGUCAUCCUCCUUUGCGCUUGUAUCUACUUGCUUGGAGUGGUUUGCAAGACCCUUUUGUCUCAAUAUGAAGAGUUCUCCACUGUGCCGGCCGCCAUGUUCACCAGUUUCCGCUGCUUCACAGAUGGUUGCUCUGCAUAUGACGGCACUCCCUUGCAAGAACGGAUCCGAAAAGAGGUGGGAGGAAUUUGGAUGACAGCGUACAUCCUGGUGUUUUUAUUUAUUACGAUCGGAAUUUUCAAUUUGAUUAUGGCGGUGUUCAUUGACAACGUUAAUGAUGGUAGCGUGAAAAAGAAACAGUACACCUUGGGAAUGACGGCAGACAAGACCGAACUCAACCUUGCAGAGAAAUUGAAGGGUAUGUGUUUCAACUCGGGCGUUGUCAAGCGUCAGGAUUUGGAGGAUGAUUUGGAAGAGGAACCACGAUUCACAGAUGGGCAAGAUUUUGAAGGCCGAUGCAAUCGGAUCAAGAGAGCCAUGGGUCGUUCAGGCUGCAUCAUCACAAAGCGAACUUUUAAUUCCUGGUUGCUCCACAACAAUGAAUUGCUGGAAAGCCUCGAUGAUGCGGAAAUCGACACCUCCAGCAAAUUCGAGCUCUUUGACGUGUUGGACAUAGACCUUUCCGGCAAACUUCCGUUCCGUGAAACCGUGGAAGGUCUCAUGAAGUGCCGCGGGCCCGUUUCGAAAACAGACAUUAUCUCGAUCCGCUUGCAACUUGCUUGCCACUAGAUAUGGAUUUGAAGCAAGCAUAUCCAAUUGGAUUUUCUCUGUCGAUACUAUCAGAUCUAUCAGGAGCCUCAAGUAGGAUCCGAUGAAAAAAUGCUGUGAUGCAUUGUGAUGCUUGAAGAAUCAGAAGAAUCCUGAUGGGAUUGUGACACAUUGUGACUGCGGGACAGGCGGGUUCGAUAUCUUACUCGACUUGUGCAGCAAAUCCACAAGAAGCUUGACUGUCCAGCAGCAAUGAUGUGAAGCAAACAGUUUUGUAGGACUCGGAGCCCAUGUCUUCGAUGUUGGAGCUUUCCAACAUCAUUUAGAAUUUUGUUAGAUAUUCCGAUUCCGGAGAUGAUUUCUAGAGCCGUUUUUUGGAGAUCAAGAAUUGUCAUGUUGUCGAAGACAACAUUGGCCGUGGGUUAGGGCCCAUGGGAAUAUCCUCUUAGCUAUCUCUUAGCUGUGGCCAUGUUUUUCCUAUCCUAACAACUGUUAGGCUGGUGCCACUGGACUUAGUUUAGGCAUUUGCAUUUGCAAAUCUGUUGAGAGAUCCAAAGUUGACGGCUGGCUGACUCGCUCAAUGGAGCUUGGAAAGCCAGCCCUGCUGCCUGCAUC